GUGCUUGCCUUCGGCUCGCUGGGCGACUACGGCGGUGCCGUCGAGGACGGGAGGGCCAGUGGCUGCCACCUGAUGGUGCAGUGCGACCCGUACGCUGAGGGCUGCGAGGACUGCGAGCCCGCCGCGCUGCGAGCGCUGGCACCGGGCGGGCUGCUGGCCCGCCUGGGCGAUGACGGCGACGGCGUGCGGCCCUGCGUGUCUACGCUGCGGCGGGAGCUCAGCAUCGUCCACCCUGUGUACUCUGGACUCUGGGUUUCUUAA